AUGCUGCGACAGGCGGUGUCUCGGCUCUCAGGCGCGCGUGCGUUCAGCUCGGCCUCGUCGCACGAGAUCCGCAAGGUCACGCUGUUCCCGGGCGAUGGUAUCGGUCCGGAGUGCGCGGCCGCCGUGCAGACGAUCUUCAAGCACGCCGGCGCUCCUAUCGAGUGGGACGAGCAGCACAUUGGCACCGAAGUUGACGCCCGCACGCGCUCCUUCAUCACCGAGGAGAACCUCGAGUCCGUGCGCGAGCACCGGUUCGGGCUCAAGGGUCCCAUGACCACGCCCAUCGGCAAGGGCUUCCGCUCCCUGAACCUCACGCUGCGCAAGGAGCUGGACUUGUAUGCCAACGUCCGCCCCUGCCUCUCCAUCCCGGGCCUGAAGACCAGGUACGACGACGUGGACCUGGUGACGAUCCGCGAGAACACCGAGGGGGAGUACUCCGGGCUCGAGCACGAGGUCGUCCCGGGCGUCGUGGAGUCGCUCAAGGUCAUCACGCGCCACGCCUCGAUUCGCAUCGCCGAAUUCGCCUUCCGCUACGCGCGCGACAACGGGCGCAAGAAGGUCACCGCGGUGCACAAGGCCAACAUCAUGAAGAUGGCCGACGGCCUCUUCAUCAAGUGCUGCCGGGAGGUGUCGGAGCGGUACCCGGACAUCGAGUACGACGAGGUCAUCGUCGACGCGGCGUGCAUGACCCUCGUCAGCGACCCCAAGCGCUUCGACGUCAUGGUGAUGCCCAACCUGUACGGCGACAUCAUCUCGGACCUCUGCGCCGGCAUGGUGGGCGGCCUCGGCCUGACGCCGUCCGCGCAGUUCGGCGCCGACGGCCUCGCGCUGAUGGAGGCCGUGCACGGCACCGCCCCGGACAUCGCCGGGCAGGGCAAGGCGAACCCGACGGCGCUGCUGCUGUCGGGCGUGAUGCUGCUGCGUUCGAUGGGCCUCCCGCACUACGCGGACCGCAUCCAGACGGCGACGCUCGCGACGCUGGCCGAGGGCAAGUACCUCACGCCGGACCUCGGCGGCAAGGCCUCGACGGACGACUACACCAAGGCCGUCUGCGACAAACUCUGA